GGCGAGGCUGUGGCGUGGGGGAAUCUCGAUCAGCACCUAAAAAAAUCGUUUCCUUCCGGAGCGACGGCAGCGGCCGCCGCUUCCCCGGCGCAGAUCGGUUGCCGGCGGCUGUGCCCUCCGGGGUGAGGCGCUCGGCAGCCACGGAGGAAGCCAGCGGAGCAGCGAGAGCGAAGCGGUGGCCGCCGCUGCCGUGUAGAGGAGGCUGAGCGGUGGGAGGGGCGAGGAGGGACCAGCCGCCGCGGUGACAAGGUAUCAGCGGAGCGGAGGGGUCGCCGCUAGAGUCGGGCGUCCUCGCCGCCGCCCUGCCGUCCGCAGAAGUUUGACUCGGGCGCCGCGCAGCCCCCGGGCCGCCGAGGCGGGGCAGGGAGCAGCGCCGGGAGCCGCCGCGGGACGGGGGUCGCCUCCAGCGGGAGGCAGCGGCUCUCCGGGAACCGCCCCGUCCGCGCCAUGGCAGCGCGGUCGCGGAGACCCUGGCUGAGCGUGGUGCUGGGGCUGGUGCUGGGCUUCACCGCCGCCUCCUGGCUCAUCGCCCCCAAAGUGGCCGAGCUGACCGAGAAGAAGAGGCGCGGUUCCAGCCUCUGCUCUUACUACGGCCGCUCGGCGGGUCCAGGGACGGGCGGGGGGCCGGCGGGCGGGCAGCAGGCGCCACCGGAGGCAGCGGCUGUGCAGGGCGGCACGAGUUUCAGGAGCCCCUGGGAGCUGCCGCCGGCGGCGCACGGAGCGGUCUCCACCCCCGCCGCUGGCGGGGAAGGAGAGCUGGAGGAGGAGGAGGAAGGCGGUGAGAAGCGGGGUAGCCGGCCCGGCGGCAGCCACAACGGGAGCGGGGACUGGGGGGGCUCCCCUGGCUGUGCCAAGCCCCGCAACUUCCUCUACGUGGGGGUCAUGACGGCCCAGAAGUACCUGGGCAGCCGAGCAGUGGCCGCGCAGCGGACGUGGGCGCGCUCCGUGCCGGGGCGCGUGGAGUUCUUCUCCAGCCAGGGCUCCGCCGCGCCCCCGGAGCUGCCGCAGCUGCCCGUAGUCGCCCUGCCUGGAGUGGACGACUCCUACCCGCCGCAGAAGAAGUCCUUCAUGAUGAUCAAGUACAUGCACGAUCACUAUCUGGACAAGUACGAGUGGUUCAUGCGGGCGGACGACGACGUCUACAUUAAAGGUGAGAAAUUGGAGGAGUUUCUUCGCUCACUGAACAGCAGUAAACCUCUGUAUUUGGGACAGACUGGGCUGGGUAACAUCGAAGAACUUGGAAAACUCGGGUUGGAGCCUGGAGAGAAUUUCUGCAUGGGAGGGCCGGGAAUGAUCUUCAGCCGUGAGGUUCUCAGGAGGAUGGUGCCUCAUAUAGGUGAAUGCCUUCGAGAAAUGUACACCACUCAUGAAGACGUGGAGGUGGGCAGGUGUGUCAGAAGGUUUGGAGGAACUCAGUGUGUUUGGUCCUAUGAGGUAAGUCAUUGUAAGUUGCAAUGUGCUGUUUAG